CUCAAAUCUAAUCCAGCUGCCUAAGUAAAACUAGUCUCACCUACUAAAAUUUGUUUUCAUUGUAAAUUCGAUUAGCAGUUCCCUAUGAAAACAAUGGAAGAAGUCAUUUGCUUGCCAUACCAGUAAGACCAAUCAUAAGUUGUUCUCCAUUAGAGGACCUUAUUUCAGCUAAGACGUACCAUUAGUUCUACUGGCAUUAAGCAGCGGUAUCCCAAAGAUGGAGGAGAAUUCUGAAAGCACAGCUGUGGAAGAAGGGCACACAAGAACAGAUUCCUUAUCAAUUCAGACACCAGCUGAGAAGGUGCCAUCUACACUCUCUACACUCUCUAAUCUUUCAAAGAUUUUGCCCACUGGAAUUCUCUUUGUAUUUCAGGCCCUUUCUAAUUUCAUAGCCAGUGAUAAUACCUGUGGAAAUUGGAAUAAGAUUUUGGUUGUAUCUUUCUUGGGCAUUCUGGCAAUUGCUUCUUUCCUUAUGACAUUCACGGACUCAUUCAAAGAUGACUCCACAGGCCAAGUUCAUUAUGGAAUAGCCACCAGAAGUGGUUUAGUCAUUAUAGGCAGCAGAAAGAAUAAAAUUAAGCCUCCGAUGGAGAAUGAUUAUAAGCUUGAAUUUAUGGAUCUAGUGCACUCAAGUCUGUCAAUGCUGGUUUUUGGUGUUUUGGCUCUUACAGACAAAAAUGUGGUCAACUGUUUGUAUCCCUCGGCUGAAGACAGAAUAAACAAGUUACUGCAAGCUCUGCCUCUUAUUGUGAGCUCUGUAAGCUGUGCGGUAUUCACAUUAUUUCCUUCCAAAAGGCAUGGAAUUAGUCACCCGGUUGCACAGAAGUGAUCAUGUCAAAAUUCUAUUAUAGAUAUUUUUGUGAUCUUUUGAGGUUCAUGAUAUAGUGUCUUGUGAGUAUAUGCUACUGGUUUUCUACAUAUAACCAUGCCCUUUAUAAGAAGGGUAGUUGAGUCAAUAAUCUACUCUUAUAAGGAAAAUGGAUUCUUUUGGGUCGCUUUUGUAAUAAUCAA